AUGUGGAGACGCUCACUGGUGAGACACUUUUCCCGGUCGUCACGGUUGCAGGUCGCACCGAAGUUUGACGAUGCGGAGUUGCUAGCAAAGAACUUGAACAGACUGGAGUACAAUCCAACAAGGAGAACAAGACCCGUAGAAGAUGAGCCAACAGACACCAACCAACAGGAGAUCCACAGGUCUGUACAGGUGCAACGGAUCGGAUCGCUUAGGAAAUGGUCCUUGUGGGCGUUGCUAUUGGGGGUUGCUGCAGGUGGGGCGUACUAUGGGGGGUAUUUUAGAUCAGAUGGGACCCAGGGCCAGGAACCACCCUCAACUAGACGUACGAGGAAGAGGAGGACGGUCCCCGCGGGGUUCAAAACCCAGCUAGACCCCAGCGUCCCCGGACUGUACUACAUUGGCGACACGAAUGACGGGUACACUGGAGUGCCCACAAGAAUCUCACCACUAGACCACAGGACUUUGAGAGACGUCUGCAUUGUCUCAGGUGAACGCGGGAACGCCAUAAUCGAUAAGAGGGGCAACCUGUACAGAUGGGAGCACAAACGAACUGGGGAUACAGUGGAACCGGUACUUAGGGACCAACAAUUGGUCAAAGUCAGACACUCGGGAGAAUAUCUCUAUGCAUUGAACGAGAGGGGACACGUACUGGUUGUUCCCUGGGGAAACAAAGAAUCCCCUCGUCAAUAUACCUCACGGACAAGACACUGGUACUGGCCAUUGUCUCACUACGAUACGUACAACUGGAGACUACCGAUUAAGGACAAAGUCGUUGACUUGGCUGCUGGAGGAUCGCAUCUCAUAUUGCUGACCGAUGCGGCGCGCGCAUACACAUGCUCCACGGGCCCCACGGACGAGUCCCAGGGUCAGUUCGGGUUGUUGAAUGAGAUCCCACCAGUGAACCUCCCACAGCCAAUUGAACUACUGAACCAGUUUAUAGACGGUGGAGGAGUCGUGCAACAGAGACGUAUUAAGCAGAUCGCAUGCGGCAAUGUCCACACUGUGGCACUGGACGACCAGGGACGUGUACUCACUUUUGGUGCCAACACCUACGGGCAAGUGGGCGUGCCCUUCACAUACUCGAAUCUUCACGUCGUAUACCCAAGGGAGCUCCCGGCCACGAAGUUGAAACCCUUCACCGGGGAAGAAACUGCAGUGAAGGCCAUUGCUGCCGGUAAAGAAACGUCGUACCUUGUUCUAAGCAACGGUUCCCUCGUUUCCUUCGGUAACGGAGCGAUCGGCCAACUAGGGAAUGGGUCGAUGAAGGGGAACCAAUCUGCGCCAACUCUUGUAAAACUACCGAAUGACCCACAGAACCGUGUACAAAGAGUGAUCGCUGGUUCCAAUGCGGACCACGCGUUUGCAGUGAUGACGGACGGUACUGUUCUUGCUUGGGGGGCGAACGAUGCGGGACAACUGGGCAAUUGGAAGCAUUACAAAGUGAGCAGACCCACUGUCUUGCCCUCCUUAACGUACGAUGCAGCGGUCCCGCUGACGAUUGAUCCGGCAACGCAGAGUCUAUCAAUUGGGCCGCAGAGUUCAUGUAUAUAUUCUAUUAAUAGGAAGUAG